AUGGUCUUGUAUUUGACCAAUGUUCAGACGUUCCCAGCGUCGGAAUACCAACUGCCACGACAAAGAUGUCAGUACUGUGUGACUGGCUCUCAGUACUGUGUGACUGGAUGUCAGUACUGUGUGACAGGAUGUCAGUACUGUGUGACUGGCUGUCAGUACUGUGUGACUGGCUCUCAGUACUGUUUGACUGGCUGUCAGUACUGUGUGACAGGAUGUCAGUACUGUGUGACUGGCUGUCAGUACUGUGUGACUGGAUGUCAGUACUGUGUGACAGGAUGUCAGUACUGUGUGACUGGCUGUCAGUACUGUGUGACUGGCUCUCAGUACUGUUUGACUGGCUCUCAGUACUGUGUGACAGGAUGUCAGUACUGUGAGACUGGCUGUCAGUACUGUGUGACAGGAUGUCAAUACAGUGUGCCUGGCUGUCAGUACUGUGUGACAGGAUAUCAGUACUGUGUGACUGGCUCUCAGUACUGUGUGACAGGAUGUCAGUACUGUGUGACAGGAUGUCAGUACUGCGUGACAGGAUGUCAGUACUGUGUGCCUGGCUGUCAGUACUGUGUGACAGACUGUCAGUACUGUGUGACAGGAUGUCAGUACUGUGUGCCUGGGUUUCAGUACUGUAUGACUGGCUGUCAGUACUGUGUGCCUGGGUGUCAGUACUGUGUGCCUGGCUGUCAGUACUGUGUGACAGGAUGUCAGUACUGUGGGACUAGGUGUCAGUACUGUGAGACUGGCUGUCAGUACUGUGUGACUGGCUGUCAGUACUGUGUGCCUGGGUGUCAGUACUAUGUGCCUGGGUGUCAGUACUGUGUGACUGGCUGUCAGUACUGUGAGACUGGCUGUCAGUACUGUGAGACUGGCUGUCAGUACUGUGUGCCUGGGUGUCAGUACUGUGUGCCUGGGUGUCAGUACUGUGAGACUGGCUGUCAGUACUGUGUGACUGGGUGUCAGUACUGUGUGACUGCCUGUCAGUACUGUGUGCCUGGGUGUCAGUACUGUGUGCCUGGCUGUCAGUACUGUGUGACAGGAUGUGAGUACUGUGGGACUAGGUGUCAGUACUGUGAGACUGGCUGUCAGUACUGUGUGACUGGCUGUCAGUACUGUGUGACUGGCUGUCAGUACUGUGUGCCUGGGUGUCAGUACUAUGUGCCUGCGUGUCAGUACUGUGUGACUGGCUGUCAGUACUGUGAGACUGGCUGUCAGUACUGUGAGACUGGCUGUCAGUACUGUGAGACUGGCUGUCAGUACUGUGAGACUGGCUGUCAGUACUGUGUGCCUGGGUGUCAGUACUGUGUGCCUGGGUGUCAGUACUGUGAGACUGGCUGUCAAUACUGUGUGACUGGGUGUCAGUACUGUGUGACUGGGUGUCAGUACUGUGUUAUGUGA